AUGGCCGACAGUGAUCGCACCUCCAUCCACGAGUACAUGGCGCGGCAGCCCAUCUCCAUCGCCAAGGCGACCGCGGGAGCUCUCCUGUCGCGCUUUGACCAGCCGACCGUCGCCCGUCCCUCGCAGUGUUCCUGCUCAGGGACAACUGUGGAUUGCCGGAGCAAACGCCACGCAUCUGUGCCUGCGGGAAUCCCCACCAAUGCGCAGAUUCUGUAUUUACACGACAAUCAGAUCACGAAGCUCGAGCCCGGGGUGUUUAACAGUCUGGUAGCACUGUGUCUGAGGUUGCUGCGCAGUGAGGAACUCGCGUCUCUCCCCACUGGAGUGUUUGACAAACUGACCCAGCUCACUCUUCUAGAACUGCAAAACAACCAGCUGAAGGGCGUUCCCAGGGGCGCGUUUGACAAACGGAGCCAGCACUGCCAGGAACGGUUCCUGCGUAGUGAGAAACUCGUGUCUCUCCCCGCUGGGCUGUUUGACCGCCUGGUGAAUCUGCAGCAGCUGUAUCUGGGAGGUAACCAGCUGUCGGCUCUACCCGAUGGGGUGUUUGACAAACUGACCCAGCUCACUCAUCUGGGUCUGAACAAUCAACUAAAGAACGUCCCCAUCGGCGCGUUUCAAAGACGUAUCUGCGUGGACUCCCCCAGUAUAAGCAGAUCAUGGCAUUGAACAUCGAUGGUGA